AUGGCGUCGACAACGGAGCAAUUGGCCCUCCUUGGCACAUUUCUACAGCCCAUGAGCAUGGACGUCGAGAAAUGCCACGUCCUAUCCGAGAGGUUUCUGAAAAAUUUUGUCCGUCUCUCCGCAGAGUCCUUGGAUCAGUUUUUGCCGACCCCCAUCUCCGAGUCCAUUUUACGCCCUGUAGCCGACUAUGCCCACGGACGCGGGGGAACCAAUCUAAGAGUUGGUUUCGUGGAGCUGCUCGCGGGCGAUUCCGUCGCUCCUCCCAGCAAUACGAGUCAUGGGAUCAAUGGGAAUCGGGGAAACGGUGCAAAUGACAGCACCACUGGCCAGGUAAUCCCAACAUCGCCUGCUGGUCGCGUACGCCGACAUUUGGGGAAGUCGUGGCCGAUUUCCAACCAUCUAAAGAGCGACAAUGGCGACAGUCUAUUCCUCUGGAUUGGCAAAUGUGUUGCCGAGGUCGUGGAAGAAGGAUGCAGGGCGUUCAACCUCCCCAUCAGCACACCACUUCCUCUUGGCAUCACAUUUAGUUUCCCCGCCGAACAGCCGUCACUAGAGAAGGCGAUUAUUUCUUCCAUGGGUAAAGGCUUUGCCAUCCCCCCCCAUGUCGACCUUGGAAUACAUCUUCAAGCCGCGUACGAUAAACACAGGGGCGACAAGCUGCCACCCAUUUAUGUUGCCGCCAUUGCCAAUGACUCCGUCUCUACCCUAAUAUCCUUCAUCUUCAACUAUGACAGGCCGGGCCAUCGGCGUGCCGCAAUGGGCCUGAUACUGGGAACUGGGAGCAACGCUACAAUCCCGGUGAAGCUUCGCCUUCUUCACCCGAGCAAACGACCUAAAAACGUGAAUGUUCUGCCUGGAGAGAAGGUAGAAGAUGUCAAGAUCGCGGUGAAUACUGAAUGGAGCAUCAACGGAACGGCGCCGCCGAUGCGCGAGCUUGGGUUGAUUAGCGCCUGGGAUGAUGAGCUGAGCGCGAAAAAUGAGAAACCUGGAUUCCAGCCCCUGGAGUACAUGACGGCUGGCCGAUACCUCGGAGAGCUUGGGCGUAUCAUGUUUGUCGACUACAUGACCAGCAGACUCAACGUUGGGAGAGAUUUGUUGCCACGAAAAAUCUUGGAACAGGACGUCCUGACGACGACGUUUUUAAGCCACUUCAAGCCGCUGCAGCCCACGACGCUGCUAGCAACUUUGAGGGCCGAGUUUCCCGAGCCGGCGGGCUCCGAGUUCGUUUGGACGGAGCAUCAUGCCGAGGCGUUGUACCGUAUUGCCAAGGCCAUUGAAGUGCGGGCGGCCGGGAUUAUAGCAGCGGCCAUUAUUGCGUUGCUCGCGCUCGGGGAGGAAAUUCCCGCUGAUGGUUCGCCUCCACCUCCAACAUGGGAGACGGGCGAGUUGGGGGUUGGCUACACUGGCGGCUGCAUUGUGCACUUUCAGGACUAUCUAGUGGACUGCCAACACUUUGUGGACCAGCUUGUCAAGAGGAGAUGUGGCAAUGACUUUCCUCCCAGAGUGGCAAUGAGUCCAUGCCAUGACGGCGGAAUCACGGGCGCUGGAAUCCUGGUGGCGGCGGCCCUUUCCAGCCAGGCGUCGCAGACGUGA